AUGACUUUGUAUGUCGUCCAGGGCAUAGCCUACUUCAUUUCACAUCCACGUCUAUGGCUUGCGACAUUGUGUCCUCUUGUCCUGACACUUUUAGUAGCCAUUAUCACCGUUGUCAUGCUUUUCGCAGUAGCUCUUUACCCUCAAGCUAAAGGACUGGAAGAAGCAGGUGUCGUCCUGUGGCUUUCGUGGAUAUUAGGUGUCAUGAUUGUGCUCGUCGAGAUCUUCCUUGUCACUUUUAUCUUCAACUCGCUCAUCAUGGGCUGCUAUGAGGACAAGAUUUUUGAGCAGGUGAUAGUAGCACGCGGCUGUAAGGAACUAGUAGAGAACGAAGAACGACAUGCUGGAAUUUUGCGGAAGUGUCGCUCCUGCUGUCGUGUAAGUCUUUGGAUGAAACUUGGACUUCUUCUAAUAACGCUACCACUUAACUUACUUCCAAUUAUUGGAUCUAUCCUGUACGCGUGGUUAAACGGCACCAUUGUCGCCUGGGAGUCUCAUCUUCUCUACUUUGAGUUUAAAAACUUUUCGUAUGGACAGCAGCGAGCUUUUGUCAACAACCACAAAGUGCAGUACUCGUCAUUUGGCAUGCAGGCGUUGCUUAUGGAGAUGAUUCCCGGCGUCGGCGAGCUGGAACAAUACUACAACAUGACAUACAUCGACAGCUACUUCUCAAUUUAUCAGCGCAUCAUGUCGACGUAUGUAGCACAGGGACUUGCUUACUUCUUGGCGCAUCCUUCGCUAUGGCGAUUGACUCUUUGCCCCAUUCUAUUGACGAUAUUUGUGGGAAUGACCACGAUUAUUGUGCUGUUUGCUGCUGCAAUGCACCCGCAGGAGCAAGGACUCUACAAUGCUGGCGUGUCGGAAGGUCUGUCGUGGGCAUUGGCCGUCAUGUUGUGUCUCGUAGAGAGCUUCGUGAUUGUCAUGCUCUUCAGUUUAAUCUGUCUUGCUUGCUACCAGGACAAAGUGUUUGAGUUCGUCAUGCGCCAACAAGGCCACGAGCAGCUCAUGAAUAGCAAGCGAACCCACGCAUCGUGCCUCCGCCUCUGCUCAAGUUGCUGUCGUAUCAGCGUGUUAUUCCGUCUAGGCCUCUUGGUGGUCACUAUGCCACUAAAUGUAGUGCCUGUAGUUGGCAAUGCAAUGUACGCGUGGCUUAAUGGAACGAUUGUAGCUUGGGAGUACCAUUUCUUCUACUUUGAGCGUAAGAACUACAGCUUUAAGCAGCAGCAGGCACUCAUUAACGAGCGCAGUCUUCAAUAUUCACUCUUUGGAAUGCAAGCGUUGCUAUUAGAGAUGAUCCCAGGUAUUGGUGCCGUCUGUAUGUUUACCAAUACAGCUGGUGCCGCUCUCUUUGCUUCUAACAUUGAAAAAGAAGAUACUGCCAAGAAUUCUCAACAGGCCGAUUUUUACCACUCGCUAAUAAUGUCGACUUAUCCGCUACGUGGGGUCCUCUACUUCUUAAGAGACAAACAUCUCUGGCGCUUAACCAUAUGUCCAGUGUUGCUGACAAUCGCUGUGGCAAUUGGUGUAGCUGUCACGCUUUUUACCUUCACAUUGCAUUGGCAGGAAAAGACGCUGUACGAUUUUGGUCUCUCGAGCUUCUUUGCGUGGCUAAUAGCUGUUAGUUUUGUGAUUAUUGAAGUGUUUAUCGUCACUGUCAUUUACGGACUUGUUGCUUUGGAGUGGUUUAAGGACAAAAUCUUUGCUUACGUUCUGAUACAGCGAGGAUAUCGUGAGUUAGUGGAAAAUGAGGAGCGCCACUCGCCGUUUUUUCGGGUAAUUACGUCCUGCUGCCGUGUCAGUGUUCUACUACGUCUAGGACUGCUUAUUCUGACACUGCCGCUAAAUAUGGUCCCAGUGCUAGGAAAUGUCACGUACGCGUGGCUAAACGGCACGCUUCUGGCCUGGGAAUCUCAUUUGUACUACUUUGAGAUGAAAGCUUUCGACUUUGACCAGCAAAAGGAGAUCAUUGCUAAACGCAAGUUCCAAUACUCGGCAUUUGGCAUGCAAGCCGUGCUGUUGGAGAUGAUUCCGGUUGCUGGGGCAUUUUUCAUGUUUACCAAUGCUGCGGGUGCUGCGUUGUUUGCUGCGAGCAUUGAGAAGGAUUUAGAGAUGCACGGGCGUCAGAAAAAGUCGUACGGGCUUGGCAAUGAUCAUGUAGUAAAGAAGAGUCAGGAGAAGACCAAGAAAAGUCAGGAGAAUACUAAGAAGAUGGAUACGGCACCGCUCGUGAACAAAGGCAGUUCGUAUGUGCCGCCGUAUGGCAGUAACUAG